UCCUUGCAUUCCGCACGAAGAGAUAUAUCGAGCAGAACCUGGUAGAACAGAACCCUGCAGACCAGACUGACAGCGAUAGACAAAGUGGCAGUACCGCGAACACACAAUCUUAAUUAUUUCAUAUUGAGAAUGCACUAUAUUUCAGAGAAGCUUAUACGACAUCCGUGAAACGAUGUCAACAUAAUUACUCGUAGAACUAUAGCGGAACAAUUUUAAGGACUGCAAAUAUAAUGUCAGGUUUCUAGCGUAUAUAAUUUACUCUUAAGAAAUUGCAGAUUUAUCAUAAAAGAUAUACACAGCUUUCAGACAUAUUGCUAUUUUUUUGUGUUAGAGGUGUCAUUUUCGCCCCAAUAUCUGUAUGACUCUUUUGGAACUCAAGAUAACAACGACAAUGGACACAAACAACAAUAAUACAGGGGGUGUGAUCUCCUACAUCGGUUCAUCCAGUGUUUCCCCAAACUGCACCAGCCCUAUGUCUAUGUACAGUGAAAACUCGAACAGUAGUUUCCAGUCGCUGACCUUUUCACAGAACUCUUUUGGGUGCUCAUUUCCACCCUCACCCAGUGGAUCCCAGGAUUCUACUCGUAUCUAUCUGAGUAGUAGCAGCUCCGGUGUGGGAUCUGGGGAGGAUGCCAGUUCAUCCAGCUCUGGGGGAUCACCUCAUGGAUACGACGAGGGCAGCGGUUCUGGUUCCUCCCCCAGCAAGUCUGUAGUCAGCCUUACAAAGUUGAAUGGGCUGGUGCUUCUGUGCAAAGUGUGUGGCGACGUAGCCUCUGGCUUCCACUACGGCGUUCAUGCCUGUGAAGGAUGCAAAGGAUUCUUUCGCCGUAGCAUCCAGCAAAACAUCCAAUAUAAGAAGUGCCUGAAGAAUGAGACAUGCACCAUCGUGAGGAUUAACCGCAACCGCUGCCAGCAGUGCCGCUUCAAGAAGUGUCUGUCUGUAGGCAUGUCCCGUGACGCUGUGCGUUUCGGCCGCAUCCCUAAACGGGAGAAGCAGCGCAUGCUAGCAGAGAUGCAGAGUGCUAUGAACAACAUGGUAAAUAGCCAAAUAGCUGGCCUGACUUCCCCCUCCUCCCCAGGCCUGCCCGUUGCCCCACAGCCCCCCCCAGCCCAGACCAUGGCUCUGCCCUCUUCUCCACCUGCCACUAUGCCUGCUUCUCCCCUGCCACCCCUUCCCAACCAGAGCUCAUGUCUACCCCCACCUGCUGCUUCCCCACCACUGUGCCCUAGCCCCAGUGUAGAACAUACCAUCUCAAUAGUUGCCCGGGCCCAUCGUGAGACCUUCAUCUAUGCCUAUGACAAGCUGGGCAAAGGCUUGUACUUCCACAAUGGUGGGGAGCUCAACAAAUAUGAGGCAAACUGCUGCCCCAGCGGUUACCACCUCAACAGCCUCAACAGCAUCUUCCAUCAUGACAACAAUGUAUCGACAUAUAAUUCCAUGCCAGAGCAUGGUUUGGCUCAGCAGAACAAUGGUUAUCGGCUUUGCCUAAGCAACAGCAAUAUCUUUGGGAGCCACUAUGGACCUGGGCUCAAUAUUGCUCCCCAGGACCGCAACUGCCCCUGGAAGGAACGAAGAGAGAUCCUAUUAGCUUGCCCAAUGAACAUGUGCCCACAGUCUGAUCCCAGGAAAUCUGCACAGGAGAUCUGGGAGGACUUUUCACUCAGCUUCACACCAGCAGUGCGUGAAGUGGUGGAGUUUGCAAAGCACAUCCCUGGCUUCAAUGAGCUUUCGCAGCAUGACCAGGUCACUUUGCUGAAGGCUGGUACCUUUGAGGUGCUGAUGGUGCGUUUUUCCUCCCUGUUCAAUGUGAAAGAACAGACUGUGACCUUUGUUUCUGGCUCCACCUACAGUCUGGAAGCCCUGCAUGACAUGGGCAUGGGAGACCUGCUAAGCACUAUGUUUGACUUCAGUGAAAAGCUUAGCGGACUGGAGCUUUCAGCAGAAGAGCUGGGCCUGUUCACUGCUGUGGUGCUGAUUUCGGCAGAUCGCUCUGGGAUCGAAAAUGUUAACUCCGUGGAGCUACUCCAGGAGAGCCUGAUUCGAGCUCUGCGUGCCCUCGUGAACAAGAACGAUCCCGGCGACAGCUCACGCUUCACUAAGCUGCUGCUCAAGCUGCCCGAUUUGCGCACCCUCAACAAUAUGCACUCAGAAAAACUGCUGUCCUUCCGCAUUGAUGCUUGAAAUCCUGUUGUCUGUCACUUUGAGGGGGUCUCAAUGUGGGACAGGACUUGAGGAAACAACAUGGAGAGAAUUUUCUCAGGCCUUCUGUGGAGCCUGUUUGAUUCCUCUUAUGUUCUGUUACACGGAGGAUGAUAACUAGGAUCUAUUUGAGAAUCAGCCUAUAAGAUACCAAAAUUACAAAUAAAAGACCACAAAAAAGAUUACUGAGCAAGAUUCAGGUGCUGAUUGAUGUAGCUUUCAGGGUUGACUGUACAUAAGAGCUGCCCAGCACAGGUACUACAAUGAGACAGGACAGUGACCAGGGCAGAUGUCCCUUCCUCUACACUGACAACACUCCCAGCUCCAAGGGUCUUCUUUCCUAAACCCAGGCCAGCCUUGGGUACAUUCAAGCACCUGUUAUAUGCAUACAAUUUAUAUUAUGUGUUUUACAUAUGCUUAUAUGUGUGCAGUAUGACACAGGCAUGUACAUUAAAAUGUGACUUUGUAAAUACUAAUAAAUCAUGCAAAUAUCUAUAAAUAUAUGAAAACAUAAA